GAAACAUUAAAAGACAACGUGAAAGAAUGGAUGGAAACUUGCGUUGAUAAAAAUGGCAAUGACGAUAACACAACUGCAUGCAAGGAAGUAAAAGAAUACAACAAAGAAGUGAUGCAAAUGCAAACAGAAAUGUGUUUUUACAAAGAUGUUUAUCCAAAGCCAUAUUUGAUUAUUAUGAGCUUUGAUAAAAUAUACUCUGUUGAUUCUAUUACUGGAGAUAUUCAUGUCAGCACUAUUAAUGGCUCCAGUAAGAAUAAAUCUGACCAUGCAUCAAGAUAUAAUGACAUAGAAAUUGAUGUAGUUGAGAAUGUGCUUUACUACAUUGAUGACAAAGACAUCAAACGGGGAAAUCUUGACUUGACUAGAAACGAAAUUUUGCGAAAAAUGUUUUGUUCAUGA